CCGUGACUUGCGGAGUGCGCCCGUCGCCUCAGUUCCCCCCAUCUGUGAAGAAACCCUGCGAGCUUUACACUCAGCUAUGUGGUUGCUAUCUCUACUUGCCGCCACGAGUCUAGUCGUUCUUGCUAAUGCGAGCCAGGAUGAGAGCAAGGGUCGGCCACACGAGCUGCUUAUCUACCGCGACCAACAUAGCGCAGAGUGCACUUUUGCAAGCCUGAAGACGGUGCAAGGAUACAGAGAACUUGCGACCUACGGGAACUUGGGGAACGAGGCGCUGAGCGACGUGGAGGAGCGCCUUCGCUUCGUUCAGCAGCAUCGCGACGAAGCGUGGUUACAGCUGCUCCAAUUUUGCGGGCCGGAAGAUAGCUGGAAUUUCCCCGUUCUCACUGACAUCAAACGCUCUGUGCUACUAGAUUACGGAGGCACCACUGAGCAGGAUGCUUUUGCGGUACCGGAGCCAGCUCGUGGCUUCUUCCCACUCGAGUUCGAGCUGGAGCCACUCGUCAAAUCAGGUCACUCGAGCAACAGAGUUGAUCUAAUAUUCUUCGCAGACGGAUACACGAGGGACGAGCGUGACAAGUUCAUUGAGGAUGCAUAUCGCUUGGCCAUGGACAUCUCGAGCAAUCAGACAUUCUACACUGUCAAGCCUCUGCUGAACUUCUGGGCUGCAUUCACACCCAGCGUAGAGAGCGGAGUGGGUACUGACGGCAAGCCGAAAGAUACACCUUUCGGCCUAUACCGCGAUGGCACCGAGCUUCGCGGUGUUUAUUAUGCAAAGCCAGAAAUUGCACGAGCCGCAUGCUUCUACUUCGAAGACAAGUGCGAUUACCCUGUCCUCAUGGGCAACGACCCUCUGUACGGAGGACUCGGGGGAGAAUUCACCGUCAUCACCCCUUCACUUGCGAACGGGGCACUUGUGCUCAGGCACGAGCUCGGUCACUCCAUCAUCGACGUCGGGGAGGAGUACGAUGGUGGACCAGAUUAUUUCGGCGUGAAUGCGCAUCACAACAUCUCCGAGCCUAUACCGUGGGCGCAUUGGUUCACAAAUGCUUCGCGGGCACGGCACCAGCACGAAGAUGGCGCCGACGCCGACGUACGCGUGGAACGCUCGGUCAUGCCGAUGCAGGCGUACCCGUGGACGAUGCUCAACACGUCUGAACCGUGGUCAAUCACGUUCAACUCGUCUGGAGCGUAUUCGAGGCACCUCGUUCGAUUCUCGCUCUCCGGCCUCCCUGAGGCAGAGGAACUGAAGGUCGAGAUUGAUGGCGAGGAACUGGGAUGGACGCCGCGAGUGGAUAUUGGCGUGGACCGAUGGCACUACGAUAUCCAUCGCGACGCUGCACUGAGCGCAGGCGCGCACGAAGUGAAAUUCACACUCGUGAACGGGGACCGCGAAGGGAUCGCGCAGUUGUGCAGCGUAGAGGUACUGGAGUUCGGCAACGAAGCAGAAUUCAUAUCCGCGCCCGGUUACCAUGGUGUAUUCCCAACGUUCUCAGACGUGAACGAGACGACGUACCGCCCGACGAACGAGGAUUGCCUCAUGCGCAUCGUCACGACGCCCAACUUCUGCAAGGUCUGCCUGGAGGGGCUCUGGAUGGCACUUCUCCGUCGGGUCGACCUCAUCGACGACAUGCGCGCGUCGUGCAUACGCAAGGGGCGCGAAUGGACGCGGCGCAUUGAGCUCGACCUGGUCCCGCUCGGGCAAUUCCGCGAAGAGCCCGUUGAUGUCAAGGAGAGUUACAGCAUUGUUUGGAUGAAGGACGGCCAGAUGCUGGAGCAGUUCACGGACGAGAAGACGGUGGAAAUCGCUGACGGGGACGCGGCAGGAGUGUAUACUGCCCAUGUUCAGUAUUUGACGGAAGAAGUCCGCGUCGACAAGGCUGGUCUCACAAAGUCACAACGGCAGUACAGGGUUGCGGGUAGCUGUGAAGAGUUACCUAUGUAGGUUGAUUGGCUGUGGUUUCUUAUCCGCAUUUGAACGCAGUGAAUUCUCGUCUCGCACUUCUCAGAAACGUGCGUCAACGAGAGGUCGUUGCGGCAUGACUUGGAGCA